CCUGAAAAAGCACCUUUGGGAUUAGAAAUAACGUGAUGUGCUCACAGCAGUCUUAUCUGAAAGUACGCAACCUAUCAUAGACCCAUUAACUUAGCAUGCAUUCAUAGGAUCAAAAUGACAUGCCACAUACAAAGCAUGUAUUCGAGUAUGUUGCCCCCCCUCAACCCAAUAUACAGCAAGAAGGCACAAUGACAGGUAAUAGAGUUGUGUAAAAGUCACAAAAUUAAGUCACUGAGAAUAACGCUUGACAUACAGGGCAAUGUUAUAAAUGUCAUAUUCAAGUUGUCCUUCGCUUACAGCUACUUGUUUAGCCACCAUUCACAGUUACAAUGAUGCUCAAAAAAGUAAGUUCUGAGCAGUCCUUGCACUUAUAACCAUUGCAGCAUCCCCACAGUCAGGCAAUCAAAAUGUGAGCAAUUGGCUUUUAUUUUUGACGGUGGAUCACCAUUAGUGACCUUCCCCACCUCUCCCGACAAGCAAAGUCAAUGGGAGAAACUGGAUUCCUCUUAACGACUGCGUGAUUCAUUUAACUGCAGUGGUUUGCUUAGCAACCAAAGGGCAAAAAAAAAAAAAGCUUACAAAUUUGGGCGCCUCACUUAACAACUGCUUUGCUUAGCAAUGGAAAUUUCGGUCCCAAUUUUGGUUGUAAAUCAAAGACCGUCUGUAUACUUAGCAGCAUAGAAGUAGCAAUUUGUAAACCUGCAGGAUAACUGCUUAAUGUUGUCACUGCAGGUUUAUAGUGCCUUUGUGGAAAGGGGAAGAAGAAGGAAAAAUUCAGAGGCAUCUAGCAUGCACUCUGCUUGUGCUCAGGAGAACACUUGAAUGUUAGUUCCCCAAACUCAUACUUGGUCAUCUAAUGCACCCAGAUACCUACUCCCCACAGCUCAGAGUACGCUGGAGGGAUGCCUCCCACCACACACAUCACCUCAGUGGAGGCUGGUGACCUAGUGCAAAAUACACACAAUGCCUCACAAUGUGCUGGCAUCACCCAGACUGUCCCCAUCACUACGUAUCUCUGUCUCAGCCCGAUGUGCCUCUCCGUUGCUUUAACCAGCCUCUUUCGUUUGCUGUUUUCUUUCUUUCUUUUUUUUUCUGCUUUCCCUCCAAUGGUUUCUCCCUAUGACAUAAUAACAGCAUGCUAGCAUCUCUCUCCUAUACAGCAAAAUACCCCUCGACAUAAAACGCCAUUUCGCAGGAUCUUCUCCGGCUGGUGCCACCACCAACCCACUGCUGGGUGGGGGGGGACAAAAGGAGAAGCUGUCUCUCACCUCCCCCAGUGGGUGACACCUUUGGAAAACAGACUCUUUCGGUGGUGUGCUUGCAAGCUGUUUUUCCACUAGUUCUUCACUAUUUUGACAGCCGUGAUCUGGAAGUUCCAUCUCUGCGAAGAUUUCCCAACAUAUCAUAGUCUGCUGAAUAUCCAAUCUUCAUCUUCCAAUUGUGUCCUCCACAAUCUCACUGGCACAAUUUUUGAACAUUUCUUCAUAUAUUAUCCCCAUAUGCUUUCUUAAAAUUCUUAGAAGUUGUUCAGAAAUUGCCUCAGAUGUUCCUGUAUCUUCUUUGAAACCUCUCUUGAAGUGCAUCUAUUCUCCUUUUCUGAAGAGGGGGCAUCCAAGAUACAGCAUUUCAGAAGAAACCCAAAGGAACUUCCACCAGCUUAAUUCGCAGGAAUCUCAAGAGCUUUCCAGACGUUGCUAAGACAAUCUUCCUUAAUCUACUCUGUAUCCAGGUUCCUCCAUCACAUUCAUCCAGGCAAAAGAAAAUUCUCUCUUCCUCUCAUUUCUCAAAAGAACUUGUAUUCCAGAUCCUGCCUACUGGAAGAGGAAAUUAGAUACAGUAGGCAAGGCAUCCAUAAUCACCACUGCCUCUGUUGCUUGCAUUUGUAACAACUGGCGUCGUUUCUUACCGCCAAGCUGGAGUCACUUAAGCGCUGGAAUGAAGAGAGGAUGGUCUGGUGUGAGAAAGGUGUCCAGAUUCUACUCACAACUGUGGGGGCCUUUGCUGCCUUUGGUCUCAUGAUUAUCGCCAUUGGCACAGAUUACUGGCUAUAUGCUCGUGCCUUCAUUUGCAAUACCACUAAUAUCUCUACUGAGGAAACACCCCAGAAAGACAAGAAAGAUCCUGGGGGACUCACCCAUUCAGGUCUUUGGCGGAUAUGCUGUUUAGAAGGGUUGAAGCGAGGGGUGUGUGUGAAAAUCAACCAUUUUCCAGAGGACACAGACUAUGAUCACGACAGUGCGGAAUACCUCCUACGAGUGGUACGAGCCUCAAGCAUCUUUCCUAUCCUAAGUGCUCUUUUGCUGUUGCUGGGUGGGUUCUGCGUAGCUGCCAGCCGUGUCUACAAGUCGAAGCGCAACAUUAUUCUAGGUGCUGGCAUCCUGUUUGUUGCUGCAGGCCUCAGUAACAUCAUCGGUGUCAUCGUCUACAUCUCAGCCAAUACUGGUGAUCCCGGCACAAGACGUGACGAUGAGAAGAAGAGCCACUAUUCUUAUGGCUGGUCCUUUUAUUUUGGUGGCCUUUCCUUCAUCCUGGCUGAGAUGAUUGGCGUGCUGGCGGUUAACAUAUACAUUGAGAAAAACCGCGAAGCCCAUUGCAAAAGCCGCACAGAACUCUUGAAGAACCCUUCUUCCUCCUCCUCAGCCAUCUUACGCCUGCCCAGUUACCGUUUCCGAUACCGCCGCCGGUCACGUUCCAGCUCCCGCUCCACCGAGCCCUCCCAGUCUCGAGAAACCUCCCCCGUUGGCCUGAAGGGCUUCCCUUCCACCGACAUCUCUAUGUACACACUGUCUAGGGACCCAUCCAAGGCCAACGUCAGUUCCCUCUACGGCGGUGCCAGUGAGACCGCCUCCACAGGGGCAACAACCUCCGGGGUGACCGGGACUGGUGGCGGAUUCUUACAGUUGCACAACACCUUCCCCAAAGAUCCUGGAGUGACAGUCACUGUGACUGGGCCUGGGGUAGCAGGAGCCACUGGUACCCUGGGUAAAGAUGCCUCCUCCAACACCAACACACUCAACAGGAAGACCACGCCAGUGUAGGGAUGGACUUGAGAGAGGAGAGGGCAUGGGAAGGAGAAAAGGGGAAGAAAAAAAAUACUGUUCAGAGGACAUCAGGCAAGUCAGAAUGUUGAGAAGCGAGAAAUCAAUCCAUCCAGUGAGCAUUUUUCUUGCUUGCUUUGCUUUGCUUUGCUCCUUCAUCCCCUCCCCUCCCUCCUCUCUUUUCUAUUCCUCCCCCUCUUCCCUCCUCUCUUUCCUUUCCAUCCCUUUCUCUCUCCUCCCCUCCUUUAUCACCUUCUCUCCCCUCCCCUCCUUCCUCUCCUUUCCCCUCCUCUCCCUCUCCUUCCCCUCUCAAUCCAUUCAACCAAAACCAAUCAAACACCUAACCAGGAAUUCACCUCCUCUGAUUGACCCAACCACAGGAUCCAAAAUCACAAUUUUAUUGGAACAGAGAUGAAGGAGUCAGGCUAUGCUCACCAAGGGGCUUUCAGGAAAGGGGUGCACCAGUUCUUAUUACCCAGAUCAAAAGAAAUUACUCAAACAUCACAGUCCUUUCGAGCGGGCACAUUGAGGAGAACCAGAAUUGAUCCUGGACUACCCAAAAGCAAUGCUGUGAUUAUUUACUCUGUAGUCGUGGGGAAGAAAGGCAAUUCUUCUUACACACUAGGUGAAGAGGUCUCCUACUGCCUGCCAAGGGACAAAUGUAGACGAAGGCCCAGCCCCCACUCCUAAGCCUCCUACAAAUGGCUUCCACAGCAUACUGUGCCAAAUUUAGGGCUGCAGUGUGGAUCAAGAGAUUAUUUGUUUCCUCCAGAGGGAAAAGGAAACCCUCUCUUCCACUGCAGCUUAAUUAAGGGCUGACAAAAGUUUGUGCCAAAACAGUGCUGGAGAAAAGUACAAAAAAACACAAAAAAACAAACAAACAAAAAGAAGAAGGGUGGGUGGGUUUGAAAAUCUAAAUGGACCUACUGCCCCCUAGUGGUUGUCAGAAGUAUUUCGAAUCCACUAGUUUUGCCAUAUUUCCUUCCUUUUUAUCCUUGACUUUGGCCCAACUCUUAAGACCGAGCCAUAGCUUUUCCUGAUAUGAAGCUGCCUCUGGAGAAGAGGGAAUCCUUGCUGUAUUAUAAAAUUGUCCCUUGUCCAUAUUGAAGUGACAUUCUGCCAAUUAUUAGUCCUGUGGUUUGUCUUGUCCACCCCACAGAGCAGCCUUCCCCAGACACGAUCAACCGUAGUUCCCUAGUUGUCAGACGACAUAACGGGAGAUCUGAUUCAUCACAUCUGGAGGAAAGCUGGUUGGAGAAGGCUGCUGCAGUAGAACAGCUGACAGAUUUUUCCCAAUGUUAUUAUCUUCUUUUCUACAUCUGGAAGAACUUUAAAAGAAACAGAGAUGGUUUAUAUCUCUGUUCAGUCCUAUCUACCCCAGAAUCAGCUUCCUAGGAAGACUUUUUACAUAUAUGAUAAAUUUAUAAGUGCACAGACACAAAUAUACGCAUAGAGAUAUUUAUGAAGAGACUAUUGAAAUUAUUGUGAUGUUUCAUAGGACUUGGUUAAUUAAACUUUUGGUCAGUAGUGAAACACAGGAUCUUCCUUACCCUCAUAUUUCCUUCACUGGUGGAUGCUUUCCCUGAAUCUGGAAAUCCUCACUGCCAACAUCGCAUCUCCUUGUUAUACCACUGCAGCACCCAGAGAUCCCAUAAGGGCCAGUGCAGUGUUUUUUCAACCUUGGCAACUUUAAGAUAUAUAGACUUCAACUCCCAGAAUUCCCCAGCCAAACCUACUGUUUGGGGAAUUCUGGGAAUUGAAGUCCGUGCAACUUAAAAGUUGCCAAGAUUGAAAAACACUGCUCUAAUGUAUAAUUUAUAUAUCACUACCCCCAUCUUCCACUUAGUGACAUCCUCACCCAAAGUUUAUUUUGGCUACGUCCUUGACUACAAAGCAAGAGCUGAAAGUUGCUGGUUUAUACCAAGAUUAUUAAAGCCUAUGCGGGUUGACUGGCAGUCGGGUGCCAGAUAGGUACUGUUUUAUUUUUAUUUUAUUUUUUUAUAGUGACCCUAAAACACGGACUCAGGGAAGGUUUCGGUAAAUAGAUAUUAAUAAAAUGGAGAACUGUAAUCUAAUAUAUAUGGAAAUGGAUUGGAAGAUAAUCUGGUAACAUUCCAAAAUUAAAUGUAAAUUAAAAGAUGGAUCACCAGAAUCUUACUUCUCCUUCCAUGAAUGAGAAGUACUAUAGACCAAAUGAUCCACAUUCUGCAAUAUGUGAAACAAAUAUUCAAAUCAGUUGAAACUACAUAGACAGCCCACGAAGGCUGUUGCAAUCUUGCUUAGUUAGUAAGUAUAAUUAGAAGCAGUAGAUUUCUGACUAAGCAACUUUACUGUCUGGUUGUUCAGUGAAUUAGUAUCAUUCUGGCCACCGAAUUUUGCUUUGGAAUUCACAGGUUACAGAAUUAAUAGAAAAGUCCUAUUUGUCUUUACUAUAUUAGACCUACAUCUAAUGGGGUUUAUAUUUCCUAGUAAACAAGUUUAUGAUUGCCACUCCGGGGGUCACUCAUGCAGAAUUCCAGGACAGAAGAGAAGGUGAUUUAACUCAGCUACUCAUCAUGACACCAUUGGAGGACCUGAAGAAGAGAUAAAUUAGAACAAUUAAUCAAUAGAACAACUUGCCUCCAGAAGUUGUGGGUGCUCCAACACUGAAGGUUUCUAAGAAGAGAUUGGACAACUAUUUGUCUGAAAUCGUAUAGGGCUUCUUGCUUGUGCAGAGAUUUGGACUAGAAGAUCUCCAAGUCCAUUCCAACUCUGUUAUUCUGUGAUGCUGUUAAAUUAUCAUGGAGAAAAGCUAUCUGUGUGGUUGCUUGGAAUAAAAAAUGACUUGAUGGCAUAUUAUCAAUCAAUCACUUGUCAUGAAGAGUAACUAAAACCUUUGAGCAAUUUAUUGUUUGGGUAAUAGAAAUACAGUUUGCCAAGAUGUUCAUUAGGGACAUGCUUUGUUCUUUCAGUAGCUAAUAUUAUGGGAAUCUGAAAAACAGUUAGUAACUGUUUACUGUUUCUUCUAGGCUUUGGAGAACUAGUAUUUUUUUUUCUUAUAUGUUUUAAUGAAAAUGUAUUAUUCUUUGUUCGGAGGCAGGUCUUAGAAAAUGUAGAGAAAGGUGAGAUUUUUUUUCAUUCUUUUUGUGAAAAUGAUAUCAUUUUUUUUAAAAAAACUCUUGGGAAUGAAGGACAUUUAAAAUGUGGAAAGAGAAAGGAGACAUUGUUCAGUGGAAAAGUAUCAUCUGUUCCAAGUUUUUCUGUAUAAAGUGGGUUUCAUAUUUUUAAAAAAAGUGUUCAAAAUACAAGAACAAAACACUGGCAAAAAUCCAGUGAGUGUGCUACACAGAGAAACUCAUGACUGAAGGGAAAAACAAUAGAAAACAUUAAGAACUAAACACUUGUCUGUCUAUCAUAAUAGCAACAAACAAAUGCAUGGAUUUUUACUGGAAUCUACCUUUCAAAUAAAGUCCUAUGAAAACA